AUGGAUCUUGAUGGUGAGACGGCGUGCAAGGCGACUGAGGAGGAGCGAGAGGGGGCACUCAUGGCGGCAACGAUGCGGCGACACCUGCAACGGCAGCGAGCUCUUCUUGAUCGUGGUUGGAGGAGAUCUGGUUGUUUUGUUUACAAACCUGAGAUGGAACGGACAUGCUGUCCCUCAUAUACGAUACGCUUGAAGGCAAAUGAUUUCAUUUGUUCCAAAGAGCAAGCUCGUGUACUUAAAAAGAUGCAGAGGUUCCUUGAUGGUGAGCUCGAUCCACAGAUUGGAAGUCCCCAGUGUAAGGCAAGUCCAACAAAGCGCUCACUUGGUGAACCUCUGAAUUCACCAACCUCGAAAGUAUCAAAGGUAUCAGCAAAAGAGUUUCGAGCAGGCACGUGUCCAAAUAUAUCGAAAGAAGAUGACGUCACUUGUUGCCUGGCAAGCAGAAUCAAUGAGGCCACAGAUACAUGCUUCCAAGGGGGGGUAUUGGGUUCUGUUCCACUCCCCAAAGCUGUUUUGAAGACUGUUAAACCUCAAGUCAAAAGGAAAGUAGGAGAAGCAGUACAAGAAAAGAAAGUCGGAGAAGCAGUGCAAGAUUUGGUUUAUACGUGCAAUAUAAGUUUCCAAAUAGUGGCAGCAGUUAGACGUGCAUUGCCUAAAGAAAAUGGUGCUAAUCAAACUGAAGUACUAGCAGAUCUUUCUCCAAAUUCUGUUGCAGAAAAGCUAUCCAUGGCAAUGGAACGUCUUGGAGGACUAGCUGGUUUUGAAGUAAAAGCUUGUAAUGGGCAUCUUAAUUUCUAUUUGGCCACCAAUCAGGCAAUGCAGAACCAUACCAGCGUUGUUGUACCUGUGCAAGCUUCAGACAAGUCUAGUGGUUCAAAGCAAAGCUCUGUGAACAAAACUAAUGCGAAAUAUCCUCUGAAAAGAAAAAUCCUGGACAUUAGGUUGAGCACAUCUCAUUUUGAUCCUGAGGAGUUUGCUCUGUACCAGAGGUAUCAGACAAAGGUGCAUAAGGAGAAGACAGUUACGGAAAGCUCAUACAAGAGAUUUCUAGUAGACACACCAAUCGUGUUUGUCCCCCCAAAGAGUGGUGAUAAUACAGUUCCACCGUGCGGGUUUGGGUCUUUUCAUCAGCAGUACAGAAUUGAUGGAAAACUUGUGGCUGUUGGUGUAGUUGAUAUCCUUCCUAAGUGUUUGUCAAGCAAGUACUUGUUCUGGGAUCCUGACCUUUCUUUCCUAUCUCUUGGAAAGUAUACAGCUCUGAAGGAGAUAGAUUGGGUCAAGACGACACAGGAGCACUGUCCCAGCCUUCAGUACUACUAUCUCGGUUACUAUAUACAUUCUUGCAAUAAGAUGAGAUACAAAGCUGCAUAUCGACCUUCAGAACUUCUAUGUCCAGUCCGUUACGAGUGGGUUCGCUAUGAUUUAGCCAAGCCUCUACUGGAUACCAGUCAAUAUUCCAUUCUAUCUGAUUAUGCUACAAUGCAAGGUGAAGUGCCCCAGCCUCAGAUUUGUGGUCCCUCUGAUGACUCUUCAGCAAAAGUCGACCACCACGAGUCUCCCAGCGAUGAGGACGACGAUGAAGAUUUCAACGACUAUGAAUCAGAUAUGAUGGUCGAUGAAGAGAUAAUUCAUUCAGAAAAGCCUGAUACAGCUGAAGGCGGUUCCAACAUAUAUGACAUAAAAAACAUCACCCUGGACCUGAAUGGCUCGCGGGUUAAAUUUAAGGGCCUUCAGCAAGUGUUUGGGCCAAUAGAGAGGCGACACCUCAAUGCGCUAGAAGGGCAACUGAGCAGAUACGUCAAGGUUGUUGGGAAGGAGCUAGCCGAUCGAAUUGUGUAUUGCCUUUCUUGA